CAACGAGUUAACAGCUAUCAACCUAAUCAGUUGCUAUAAAAGCUUCCAGCUUAAUGUGCUUCACAGCAGAACGAAAAGUUAAGUAGACGGGGACAUGGAUAUUCCAUCAGUUCUUUCAUGGAUCUUUGUAAUAUUAUGGCUCUCAACGAGCUGCAGCGGCGAGCGUAAUUGGGAUGCUGAGACCCUCUUUGUGAAUAGCUCCACUUCGGAUGAAUCUCUAUUGGUGUUUACGGCGGAACUUGUGCGCCAGGGUCGUGAGAAGCCUACGUUCUCAGCAGUGUUAGACUUUCAUUACCAACUGGAUGAUACGACUACGGUCGAGGUGUUAAUCUAUCACAGUCAAACGGGCAGCGAAGAUGAUUACAAGCUGAUGCCGUGGAACGUGCCGCAGAAGCCAUUUUCGGAAUUCAUAGCCGAGUACUAUAAGGAUUUGCUCUAUGCCAAUUUGGGCAGCUGUUCGAAUUUGGCCGAGCCUGGCAAAGAGAUUCCAUGGCCUAAAAUUACCUACAAGUUUGAGAAAUGCCAGAUAACGGGCGAUGGCAUGCCCGAAAUAGCGCCCGAAGGAUACUACAAGAUAUUCUUCGCCGCAACGGGCCCAGUCGACUGGAGCUUCGUUCAUGCCAUGAAGAUUGUGUCUAAGAGCAAUGCAAUGGGCUAUUAGCUAUUGGAAAAUUGACAAGUUUAAAAGACCGUUAUAUAAAGAGAAUUCAGUGAAAAAUUGAGUAGGUGUAGAUUAAAAUCCUCAGGGAUUUUCCUUUGUAAUCUAUUUUUCCAAAA